GCCGAGGGGACGGGGUCGGUCGCAGAAAUGGCGGCCUCCAUGAUCUACAGCCGACUCUUGGCCGCCGCCGCCCAGAGGAGCCACGGUCCCCGGACGGCGCUGCGGGCUGCCGCCCAGGUUCUGGGAGGUUCUGGAUUGUUAAACAACCAUGGACUCCAAGUACAGCAGCAACAGCAAAGGAGCCUCUCGCUGCAUGAAUACCUGAGCAUGGAAUUGUUGCAAGAAGCUGGUGUUGCCAUUCCCAGCGGACAAGUGGCAAGGUCACCAGAUGAAGCUUAUGCAAUUGCCAAAAAAUUAGGUUCAAGAGAUGUUGUGAUAAAGGCGCAGAUCUUAGCUGGUGGUAGAGGUAAAGGGACAUUUGAAAGUGGCCUCAAAGGAGGAGUGAAGAUAGUUUUCUCUCCAGAAGAAGCAAAAGCUGUUUCCUCACAAAUGAUUGGGAAAAAGUUGAUUACCAAACAAACAGGAGAAAAGGGCAGAAUAUGCAAUCAAGUAUUGGUCUGUGAGAGAAGAUAUCCCAGGAGAGAAUACUACUUUGCAAUAACAAUGGAAAGGUCAUUUCAAGGUCCUGUCUUAAUAGGAAGUUCUCAAGGUGGUGUUAACAUUGAAGAUGUUGCUGCUGAGACUCCUGAGGCGAUCGUUAAAGAACCUAUUGAUAUUGUAGAAGGCAUCAGAAAGGAACAAGCUGUGAUGCUUGCACAGAAGAUGGGAUUUCCACCAAAUAUUGUGGAUUCUGCAGCAGAAAACAUGAUCAAGCUUUACAACCUUUUUCUGAAAUAUGAUGCAACCAUGGUAGAAAUAAAUCCAAUGGUGGAAGAUGCAGAUGGAGCUGUGCUGUGUAUGGAUGCAAAGAUCAAUUUUGACUCAAAUUCAGCCUAUCGCCAGAAGAAAAUCUUUGACCUACGUGACUGGACCCAGGAAGAUAAAAGGGAUCAAGAUGCAGCUAAGGCAAAUCUCAACUACAUUGGCCUAGAUGGAAAUAUAGGGUGUCUAGUAAACGGUGCUGGUUUGGCUAUGGCCACAAUGGAUAUAAUAAAACUUCAUGGAGGGACUCCAGCCAACUUUCUUGAUGUUGGUGGUGGUGCCACAGUUGAACAAGUAACAGAAGCAUUUAAGCUUAUCACUUCAGAUAAAAAGGUACAGGCUAUUUUGGUCAACAUUUUUGGAGGAAUCAUGCGGUGUGAUGUCAUUGCACAGGGCAUAGUCAUGGCAGUAAAGGACCUGGAAAUUAAAAUACCUAUUGUGGUACGGUUACAAGGUACACGAGUUGACGACGCUAAGGCCUUGAUAAUGGACAGUGGACUUAAAAUUCUUGCUUGUGAUGACUUGGAUGAAGCUGCUAAAAUGGUUGUAAAGCUGUCUGAAAUAGUGACCUUAGCUAAGCAAGCCCAGGUGGAUGUGAAAUUUCAAUUGCCAAUCUGAUCUGAGAACUCAGUGGAUGGCUGAAGGUGUUAAAUGUGUUACAAUUGUUAAAAAUACUGUGUUCUGUAUUAUUGUUCCUUUUCUUUUUAGUGUGUGAAGAUUGCCAUCUAGGCACACAAACUCUUAAAAACAUUUGGUCUGCAUUUGAUUCUACUGUUUAGAAUGGGCUGUUUGUGUAAAGAACGUAUAAUGCAGUUAUCUAGUUUCUUUUGUUGAAGCUUUUUUUGCUUUUCCUGCAGAAUGUCACUCACAAUAUGCCUGUUUCUUAUUGUUGGGUACAGAGUUCUUCAUUGAUAAAAGUUCUACGAAUAAAAUAAAUAUGAAGAGAAAGCUUUAUUCUUUAGUCUUAGAAAAACACCUAACAACUAGACUUGUUAGUAGAGCAAUGUAUUAAAACAAUGUUUUAUAUAAGAAGGGUUUAUCUUCAACACCAAAAACGUUCUAAAUAUAUUGAUCAUUAUUUAUAAACAGAGCUUUCAAACACUCCCCAGAAUAGUUUUUUAAGUAUUUCAGUGAAGUAAGUUGUUAAUUAUUUGAACAUUGUUUUAAUCACUACAAAAUACUGAUAACUGCAAGUCUUCAUGAUCUGUGGUAUUACUGAAAAGCACCUGUAGGUUUGUAUCAAAUAAAGGCAUAUUAUAUUUACUAAGGACUUGGCAGAUAAAAUAAAGGAUGUCAAUUUAAAUUAAUAAAAAUCUCUCAAUACGAUUUCA